UGAGCAGAAGAACAUUUAAUUCAUAUCUAACUUUAUUAAUUAGACAUCAUGUGGUUAAUGUUAUUCAUAGUUUCAAUUAUGUGGACUACAAAUAAGUGCUAUGCUGGAGAAAGUCCUGAAUCUAUACGAAAUGAACAAGGAUUAAUGAUGAAAAGUUUCAUGAAUGAAUCAAUCAACCCUUGUGAUAAUUUUUACAAAUACGCGUGUGGUAAUUGGGCGAAACACCAAACUUUUGAGAAAACAAACAAAUCCUUCGGAAUUUUCGGUGUAUUAACAAGACAAGUUAAUAAAUUCAUUGAUGAUUUUAUUUUAUUUAAUAAUCACACAUCCGCGACUAGUGAAGAAACUCAAAAAAUUCUAGAAAGCAGUGAAGUGAAAAAGGUACAAAGAUACUUUUCGAUAUGCCGACAACAGAAGAAGUUGAAGCGAGAACCGUACAUUGAAACUUGGAAUGUUCCAGGUGGGUGGCCCGUUUUGAAUUCCAGCUGGAGUGAUCAGACAUUUGAUUGGAUAAAUAUCACGGGACAAUUAAAACUGAUCGGCGGUGAAUCUCUUAUUGAUGUUCACGUUGGACCACAUUAUGAAAAUGCAACGCGAAAUACAAUAUAUAUUUUUCCGGCAGCGUUUCCUCUUUUCCAACCAUCUCUGUUUGAAGAAAAUCUCAUCGUUAAACAAAUAGUUGCAAAGAUGAUAUCGUUAGUAAUCGGAUCAUUCGGACUAGAUGAACUGAAGCUCAACAAAACCGUUUCAGAUGUACUAUCAUUCGAAACCAAAUUGGCCAGUGUUUAUCUCAAAGAUGAAGAAGACGAAGGAGAAUAUGAUAGACUUGAGGAUAUGACUUUGGAAGCACUGCAAGAGAUCUUUCCAGACAUCGACUUCCAUCGACUUUUGACCAUUGUGUCCGGGCAAGAAAUUAGCAAAUCCCAAAUGGUAACAUUAAGCAAUGGUUGGUAUUUUGAAAAUCUAAUGGACUUGUUGAAUGAGACUAAAUCCGAAGAUUUGGCAAACUUCUUUUUGUACAGAUUUGGCUUACAGAUUGGUGUCUUACAGCCUGUUGACAAUUACUGUAGAAAUGAAGUGAUAAAACACAUGGGCUUCUUUCUUGGAUAUAUUUAUAACACCGCCUUCAACAACGAGAGAGAUAACGAGGAUGUUAGGAAACUUGCCCAGAGCAUCAAAAGUGUGUUUGCAGAGAUAAUACAAAAAACUGACUGGAUUGAUAGCGAUACAAAAGCGGAAGCGUCAAUUAAGCUUGAUAAUUUGUUACUAAAGGUCGGUGCCUCUGAGGAUAGUCUGAGAUUCAGCGAAAUUAAGGAAGAGUUUUCACUCAUUGAUUUUGACCCCAACGAUUACUACAGAAGCUACUUUAAACUCCUUGCAUUUUCCGUUCAAAAACCGUUCCGAACAUUAAACAAAUCUAAUGACAGAAGUGACACAAAUCACAACGCAGCAACAGUGCGAGCGUUUUACAGUUUGACAAAAAAUCAUUUGGUCAUACCCACAAAUGUCCUUCAAAAACCAGUGUAUAAUUUCUACUUCCCAAACAGUGUUAAGUAUGGCGCACUGGGAUAUAUUUUGGGCCACGAAGUCACACACAGCGUGGAUGGAAAUGGACGAACAUAUGAUUCAGAAGGCACGAUCCGACAGUGGUGGACCGAAAAAUCAGAAGAAGAAUAUCUUAAUCGGACAAGUUGUUUGACAGCCCAAUACGCCAAUUACACACCCAAUUUUCUGAAUGCAUCCGCUAACAGUAUAGGAGCAAGCACCGUUAAUGAAAAUAUUGCUGACAAUGGUGGAAUUCGCCAAUCGUUCCAGGCUUAUAAAGCUUGGUUUGCGAAACAUCCAGAUGAGCAGGAAACCUUACCACAUCUUAACCUUACUAACACGCAACUAUUCUUCUUAAGUUUUGCCCAGUUCUACUGUCAAGUGACAAAACCGGGUUCAUCGCUUGUAAGUACAUUAACUGACGAACAUGCCUCAGGCAAAAACCGCGUUAUUGGAACAUUAUCAAAUUUCGAAGAAUUUUCAAAAGAGUUCAACUGUCCUGUUGGCUCGAAAAUGAAUCCUGCCAAAAAAUGCCGGGUGUGGUAAUUAGGGAAGUGCGAAAGGAAAUUAUGACUUUUGAAGCAGAUGGUGGGAGAAAUAAAGAUUUUAUUACAUCAUUCUAAA